AGUAUCUAGUUUACAGUAUCUUUGUUUCUAAUGAAAUAGCAAAAUGCCCUAUUGCCAUUUUGCUAAUCAAAAGGCUUUUAACCGCUCUGGCCUUUUACAUAAAGUCAUGAGAAUACUUUUUUUUCCUGUACUAUGCCAUAAAUUAUAUCAUUUAAAAUUCUAUACAGAGCUGUAUAUGCAGUUGAGUGGGAUCACCGAAAGCUAGAGAUUUGGGCAUAGAAAGCAUGGUAGUCUCUUGCUUCUUGCUGUAGAGAAGGAAGGCUUAAUUAACAAGGACAAAAUUCCACUUGUACUGGCUGAAAUAAAUCAGAAAAUUUACCAAAAGAAUUUCACUUAGGGAUAGGCAUAUUCUGACAGUUCUUUCCCAGUCCUUGAUCAAGUGCAAAUAGUUCUCAUAUAUCUGAAUAUGUGCACUGUAUGUGAUCCAAGAAAGCAGCUUUGUCCUCAGAGAUCAGUCUUAGGUGUCUGUCUAGAAGAUUUUUGUUGGUUUGAAGACAUAACUUAGCAUUUUCAACUAAUCUAUGAUCUGGAAACUUCCAUCUGAGUUCCACCCUUACAGUAGAUAAUUCUUUAAAAGAUAACCUUGUCAAAGAAAAUAAUUGUUCCUGUAAAGGCAUUCCUAUGAAAGUGUCUGUGUUUGGUGGUGUGUGUCUUGACCCGGUAAACAAAGCUGUGAUUAUUGCUGUGCCUUUUUGCAGUGGUCGCUUGCUCUGGUGAAUCCACACAGCAUAGAGUUCACUAGCUGUACACUUGCCUCUCCCUCAAUUCACCUUUGUCUUAUGAUCAAUGCACACAGCAGUAGUCUGUAAAGGCCCUUCAGAAAUAGGAAUCUAUCAGGAGUAAAAUCAUGAAAGUUAAAGCUUCUCAAAGCUGUAGUUUCAUUACAAGCCAUGUUAACUUCAGAUACCCAACAUGUUAAUGGGCCUGACAAAACUUUAAAAGGCGUCCAUAUGGAGGAAUACAGCCAGACAUGAUGUCAAUAGCAACAUUUGCAUAACGUUUUGAGUAAGCGGAGAUGAAAGUCUACGUGUUCUGUGGUUACUGAUCCUCCGAGUUACGUAGUUCAAACUGAGACGUAUCUGAGUUUGGAAACAUGGAGAAUGAAAGGUAAUACUUUUGCUGCCUUCUAGGAUAUCUCCUAUCCCAUUUCAAAAAGCAGUGGUCUGUAGCUUAAUACCGUACAGUGACUGGUUACAGAUAGGCAGGAUAUAUUGGCACAGGUUGUAGAACUUAAGGAUAUAAGCAAAGGAUGAUGUAGUGGGAAACGGUAGGUAAGUCUGGCUGAAUCUCCUGAGAACCACGUUAAAUUAGCUCAUGCAGAACUGUGUGUUAUUACAGAUAGAUUGCUUCCACUACCUGACCUGGCUCGGUUAUCUCUAAACUGCAGUGCAGUUUAAAGUGUAGUUGUACCUUCUCUUGCAAAGUACAUCCACCACAACUAAUAGGAAGUGUCCUCAGGGUGCACCUCGUGAGGGUGCGUGUCUGAAAGUGCCUUCCAGAAAGAGAGAAGCAGAAAUGUGAGCUCAGAAGUCCUCAGGGAAUACUAUAAUCAUUUGAGUCUGCAGAAGAUGCUAGAACUAAUUUUAUGCAAUUUCACUGAGAGCGCCUUCUCUCAAGACGCCAAGCCCAAGGAAGAGGGUAUAUUUUAACUUGCUGCAAACCUGUCCUGUGUUUGCAGAGAUUUGAGGAAGUCAUAGAUUCACAGUGGAUGCUACAGUGUCUUUUGCACUGAUUACUAGUGCAAUGUUUGUAACCUUAUAAACCAUGAUCUAGUAGUCUGACAAACAGCUGUAUGCCAUAUUGGUGCCUCAAAUCUGGAGCUUUCCAUGGAAAAGUAAUAGUAUAAAUUAAAAAAAAAUGCCUCUCAGAAAUUAAAAAAAAAUGCCUCUCAGCUUCCAAACAGAUCUUACAUUCCUCUAUUCUUUCUUCUAAAUCUUCCCUUCUUUGCAAGUUGCAUGCAUUCAGCACACUGACAAUGAGGCCAUUGUGAAAUACAUCAUCCUCUAAUGUCUUUUAAAUAAGGUCACUUAUUAACUCAUCUUUUUGGAAAAAGAGGCAUGUGGAGCAUUCAGAAGCUUCUCAUUCACCUGCUUAAGUAAAAUGAGAGCAGAAGCAAUUCAUUAUGAAAAUUAUUUUAAAGAAAAUUUGUGAUUUGAAAUAUCAGCUAUUUUAAGAUGCUCUUGGUUUUGUUUCAGUUCUAUCAAAGUUUCUUUCCUUAAUUAGGAGAAAGCAAGAAAUGUUUUUCAUUUCCUGCCUUUUUUCAUAAGGCUCACACGAGCUUCUCAUUUGUACUGUACCAGAAAAACCAAUAUCCUUUGAAACACUCAGUGAAAGCUGCUGUGUUGCUCUUGGGAUUUAUAUUACUUUAAGUGAAGUCCAGAAUUUGAUAGGGUUCUAAUUUCUAGUUUUUCUAGCCUUUACAAUAUGUAACAAAGCACUUGAACUAAAAUCCCAGUUCAUUAUAACCAAUUAAGAAAAUAUCUGGUCUCACUUAUUAAUUUCUAUUUACCCAGGAAAAUAGAAAGUGUAAGGACCCUCUAAGGACUGUGUUGCUUUUUAAACCUUUAGAAUUCCCUUUUAUAUUCUCUGUAUCUGUUUUCUUUCUGGUUAAUUUAAUAGGUGUGCUGUGUUUGUGAGUAUGUCAGAAUAUUUUUGAAAUUUCUGAAGCAAUUCUUUCCCUUACUGGAUGUUAUAUUUUAAACAUGCUCAAACAUAUACACUUCAAACAUUUUGAAUUAGCUUAACAUUUCAACUGUUAUAGUUACAAAUGAUGUCAAAAUACUGUAGCUCUGCUCAAAGCAAAGACAAUUUCAUGCCCUCUGAGUCUGAGAGACUUUAUUGGUGUUAACUGUGUCAGUUGAUGAAAAAUUUGGAGAGUCAGGGUUGUCCUCUUACCCCAAAGCAGAAGCAGGCAGCUUUUGAUGAAACAUAUUUUCCAGUAUGUUCCUAUCAGAAAUAUAUGUGAGGGAGAUGUAACAUAUCAAAACUCAGCUAAAAAUAAGGUGCAUGUGCCAUGGAUGUCCUCACGUGCUCUGAAUUAUCUGCUUAUUUCUGCUGCUCUUAUGCAAUCUGCAGGGCAUUCUAGGCCUGAAUAUGCUCCCAGAAGUAGUAGCAUUAGUCUCAGAGCAACCACUGGUGACCAUGAUGCCUUCAGAAAUACCCAGAGUAUAUCAUGCUUCAUCUUAUUCUCGGUAGAUUCCUUUAUACUGUAAGAUCUAGGAUGGGAAGACUUACGUACGGUAGAGCCAAUUUUUCUUUUGCCCAUUGAGGAAAUGGAUUGAUAAUUUGACCCAAAGCCUGAGGUCUGGUGAGAGCUUAGCUCUUCAGAGCUAAUUCUCAAGGAGAUACUGGGUCUACUAAUGGAGAGGAUUUCCUUUGGGAAAUGGUGGUUCUUUACAGACUGUAGUCUCUGUAUUAUUACUGUAUAUACAGUUUCAAAUCAUGAAGAUUCUGUCCCUUACUGGAAGUCUUCUAUCAAGUAGUGCUUUACCUCUUUCAGUGAGAGUUCACAAUGGGUAAAAAAAUACCACAUUUCACUGCUAAACAACAGAUUAAAACUAGGGCAAUUCAUAAUAAUCUCCUUGAAGUUUAAGUCCUUUAUAAGCAUUCGUCUGAGUUAUGCAAAUCUCAGCAGCAGAGUACUCCAGCAAUUCUGAGACAAGUGGUGUAGCCCUUCAUGGAUUUCUAACAGUCCUGGAGUCGUUUACAGCAGUUAGGGAGCUAUCUCCAGACUAAUACUUUAAGCUGCUGUUGUUUAAGAGGAUUCCUUAUUCCGUAGUGGCAUAAAAUAACAGCAAUAAAAUUUCUUACGUUUUUGGUAGAGUACAGCUGUGCCUAUUGCUUGACACAAAUUAAUUCAAUUCAUUUCAUCCUUUAUUUAAAUAUCUGCAGUUUUAUCUCAUUCACCUUUGUCUAGAAUUAUUUGUGUGCCUGCAUUAACUUUGUAGUUUGUAGCUUGUUUGCAAGCAGUUACCAUGCAACUGUGAAGCCCUGCUAGACAGAAGUGGAGUUGCUGUGAUGCUUCUUAUAAUCCCAUUUUCAGCAGAAACACUCAGAUAAAAAAAUUUUUUGCUUGUGUGGAGAAUAGACAUUUCUUGUCUUCCCUGUGAGUGAGCCUUUGCAAGAGGUUCUUUCUCUUGGAAAUGGUGCUUUGCCCUCCUGUAGGUUGGCAUUUCACUUUCCUAAGUCCAUUUUGUGGCUACCCCAUCCUUUGAAAUUACAGAUUGUCUUUUUUACAUGGAUCCCUGGCUUGGAGUAAAGGACAUGCAGUAAAGCAUCCCUACAGCAGCUGAAAUGGAUGACUCCUACUGAUGCGUUUUGACAACUUCAUCUCCUGUUUUCAUGACUGAGACGAGUGAAAUGAUUAUCAGGAAAAAAUUCUGAAAUAAGCCCAAGUGACGUAUUUGUCCAUUGACUUUUCUUGCCACAAGUCUAAAAACCAGCAGAAGAAAUGACCAGUCAACUACCAGAGGAGUCUGUGGAGUCCCAGAGCUCAGAUGAGCUUGAGUGCAAGAUCUGUUACAACCGCUAUAACCUGAGACAGAGAAAACCAAAAGUGCUGGAGUGCUGUCACAGAGUAUGUGCCAAAUGCCUUUGCAAGAUCAUAGAUUUUGGAGACUCUCCUCAAGGAGUCAUAGUAUGCCCAUUUUGUAGAUUUGAAACCUGCCUGCCGGAUGAUGAGGUUAGUAGUCUUCCUGAUGACAAUAACAUCCUUCUGAAUUUAGCUUGUGGGGGAAAGGGGAAGAAGUGCCUCCCAGACAACCCAACAGAACUGCUGCUGACUCCCAAAAGGCUGGCGUCCCUGGUUAGCCCUUCUCACACCUCUUCCAAUUGCCUGGUUAUAACAAUCAUGGAAGUACAAAGAGAAAGUCCCCAGACCUUGAACUCAACACCCGUGGUGGAAUUUUACAGGCCUACAAGUUUUGACUCUGUUGCAACUGUGUCCCACAACUGGACAGUGUGGAACUGCACAUCUUUGCUCUUCCAGACUUCAAUUCGGGUGCUAGUUUGGUUGCUAGGGUUGCUGUACUUUAGUUCUUUGCCUUUAGGGAUUUACUUACUGGUAUCUAAGAAAGUCACCCUUGGGGUUGUCUUUGUAAGCCUUGUUCCUUCGAGCCUUGUUAUUCUCAUGGUUUAUGGCUUUUGCCAGUGUGUUUGUCACGAGUUUCUAGACUGCAUGUCUUCUUGAUAGCAAAUACAGUGAAAUAAGAUGUAUUGCCGUGUAUGUAGCAUAGUUGAUUUAGCCUUUCUUUGUAUUCAUAUUUAUUCUUAUUGUUGUCCAUCCCACUAAAUUGAAGCAGUGGCCCUAGUUUUAAGGUCCUUUUAUUUCUAUUUGAUUUGAUAUUUAUUGUCUUCUCUUUUUCCUUUUUUUUAAGCUAAACAAUGGAAAUAAAAUCUACAUGCUGAUUUUUAAAAGGCCAGAUUUUAGAGAGGGAUAAAGCAAAAUUGCCAAACUUGGUGCCUGCUGUGCAGCCCUUAUUCAAAUAAAUAGCCAUUUGCCUUCCGUUGGCUUGCUCAUGUGAGUCAAGACUGCAGGAUCAGUCCUGGAAGAAAUUAGUACAACAGGCACCCUCCAGGUCAAAGUACAGCAUCUCUUCAUCCAAAGCAUCUAAUGCUCUGAAAUAUAUCUGUUAUUUCUGCUAAUAAAUGAAAUCACUUUCUUAAUUAAUAAUAUAAGAAGAAUAAGACAAGUUACUAUUGCUUUUCCCAGUUCUUGUUACACCAGAAAUAUUUGUGGGAGACCAAUGGAUUUGGACUUCCUGCUUUCUGGGACACGGGGAAUCUAAUUUUUUUUCCCCCAUGCUAGGCACAUCCUCCCAAAACACUUUCCCCAAAUGGGGGCCCCUAUUAUUUCCCCCUAUAGUUGCAGCUCCCUCUGAGUUACUCCUACUAAGUACUUUCAGGGAGCCAGCUAAACUACCCAGUUUACUCUCUAGAUGCACUUCUUUUAAGUGUACAUCUACUUGGGCUUCCUCUCACAGGUUCAGGGCUCUGCAGACUUCCCCAGCCAUCUUGCGUUAUGCUAACCCUCCCUCUGAGCACUUCCACCUCCAUGCCAAGUUUCCAGCUCGUAAGUCCUCCUAACAAAUUGCCUGACUGAUUUUAUGCACACCUAGUCUCUGGUAGCUAGAGUGGAGAAUUUCCCUUAAGUGACUUUAGUGAUCCAAAUAGAUCUUUAUUCCCCAUCACCAGUAAAUGGACCUUUGAUGACUAAUACAAAUUUCAGAAAAGUUCUGAAAUCAUUAACUUUUUUUUUUUUCUGAGUUCACAGAAUGAGCGCUAUUAGGAGGUACCACGACUCUGAGAAGGAUUCUGUUAAAUGCAUAUUGCUUCAAAGUGUUGAAUACCUGGAACACCCUCUGUCACCAGAAUGAGGUCAUGGCACUCUAGAUGCAGCAGUUAGUGUAACUUGACUGGUUUCGCUCAGAGGAAUUACUGAUCUACCAUUCUACAAGUAGAACCAGGCCCUGUAAGGUUUGUUUGUAAGGCUACUUCUUAAACUAGUGAAAGAACACAAAAAUUAAAAAAAAAUAAGGUUUAUGUACAUAAGUAGCUCUAGUUGAUCCCAUAAUUAAAAAUUCUUUUUCCUAUGCAGAGCAGAAUAAAAAAUGAAAAGGAGCAAUCGAUCAGUGCAAACAAGGCUUUUGGAUCAGGCACAAGACUUAGUAUUCUCAGUAUAGUGUCCGAGGAGGGUGUUGUCGUAUGAAGACUGAAUGUAUGGCCUAAUAAUAUUGUCAGAGCAAAAUGACUUUGGUUAAAAUGAAAAAUGCCAAUGGGAAAAGGAAAAAAUAAGUGGCUGCUUUAUCUAUCCGGAGGACUUGAAGUCAAGCUGGUCCAAUUUUGUAUAUGAUACGAGUGGUAUCUACAGUUUUCGUUCCUAUUACAAACAUAGGAAAAAAAGUAGAAAUCUAAACGUCCCGCUUUUCUUGACGUUCGAGUUUAUAAUAGUGUGCACACGCACACACACACACAUAUAUGUAUGUGUAGACACAUAUACAAGAAGAAAACAUCUAGCAUGUUUAUGGUUUUCAAGUGUAUGAAGUUACAGAGCAAUGUACUGAAUGGGUAAAGGAAAUGUUUUAGUCUUUUCUGUAAUCACUUACUAAUAAUUAGAACUAAAAUUUUUUUCAAAAUUCCUAGAAAUGGCUUUUCCUAAGUAAUUGUUUUUAAUGCUUGUGGUAAAGUACAUGUAGUUAGAAGAGUUGUCAUCUCCAGUCCUGGUAUACUGCAAGGUGUGACUGAUCUAUGAACUCUUAAAUUUAAACAUCCAAACACAAUUAUAUCAAAAAAGAAAGAAAAAUAGAAAACUAUCUGGUUUUAUAGUACUUCAUAACUUUGGGAAAAUAUGUAUUUGUAGUGUUAGAGGGUUUAUAUAUUUUAGGGUUUGUUCAAUAUGUCUGAAUAUAUGUUUAAUAAAGGGCUGUCUGAAAGAGGAAGUAGGUUCUGAUAAUGUGCAAAAUAUAUGUAUUACCUCUGCACAAUAUGUCUGCAGUGCUACCUGUUGUCUUUUCCUGGAUGUUUUUUACUGAUUUUUUUUUCAAGUUAAUUAUGAUUUUCUCAGCUCCAGCACCAGAUAUUUUGUACUCUGUUUUAAAAUGGAGCCUAAUCUCAGCAGAAUUGCAGUGGUACCAGUUUGAACUGGUUAUUAUACUUCGCUAUUUUUAAGACUGCCACCCAGUUAAACUUACACUGUUAUUUUAGACUGUGCAGCAAUACUAAUCCAUUCAAAAAUGUGAGUAUGCAAGAACAUAUUGAUUGAAUAGCUGUUCGGCUGCUCAGCCACAUUAUUAUAGCUGAGAUCUUGUAAAAUUCCCAUGUGACUUAUGAUAAUGCCAUUGAGAAUUGCCAGCAGGUCUAAAUCUCAAUUAUUUGUGAAGACAGGAAAAGAUAUUUGCUCUAUGACUGAGGCUAGAAGAACUUCAGAUAUUGCUUCUUAAUGUUUUUUGUUGUUUUUUUUAGUUCUGCACCAUCCUGAAGGCCUAGAACUGAAAAUCCAUGAUUCUUGUCUCAUUUACAGUGGAAUAAUUCUGCUGAAGUCUCUGUUGUGUCACUGGUAUGAAGUCAGUGUAAAUGGGACUAGAAUCAAAUAAUACAUACCUGUCUACCAGUGUUUCCUUCCCUUUGUGACUUUUUCCUCUCCUUGCACAGUCAUGCCUGACAGAGUUGUAAAAAAUACUACUUUCACACACGGAGAAAAUCCCCUCUGAAUAGUAUUUUAUUCCUGUUUCACCCGGACACAUGACUUGGCAAGGUGUGAAGUGUUACUGAUUCAUUACAACAGAAUUAUUUUAGCCCAAAUAAGAUUUUUUUUUUUUAAAUUCCUGCCUACCAUAUGGAUAUGGACUGUAUCGUCACUGACUGCUAAUUUACAGUACGAUACAGUGGUGUCACCUGAGGGCUGAGACUGAACGAUGCAGUAGGAGCUGUUGGCCCAGUAUGGGAAGGACAUGCCGAGCUGGACCUUCACCUGACGAGGACUCCAUGGGGGAUGAAGCUCUCCUUUAAGUGUGGCUGAACCCAGAGCCUGAAGAGCAAGUAACCAAAGGCAAGUUAUGUGGAAAGCAGAUGGCGAGGGAGAAAAUAGACUGUGCAGGAAGCUUCAGGGCUGUGACUUGCAGGGAGACUCUGGGGCCAGCUGCCGAGUUAAGAGACAUCUGUGGAGGUAAAGAGGGAUCAUAGGCAGUAUGUGUGGCUGCAAAGCAGAGAUAGGUCUCUGCUUGGGAAGAGACUGUCCUGUUUUUUUUUUUUUUAAGUGAAAGUUACUUGACACUGCUAGCUAGUUACAUAUUUUCACUUUCUAAAAAGAAAGUAUUUGACUUUAUAAUUAAAAGAUAUCCUUCGAGUUAGGCACAUUCCCUCUUCAAUGUUAACUGUUUUGAAGAUCUUGAUCUUUGUAAACAUGACUGACCACAAUAAGGACUCAUGUAUUUGGUUUAGCUGCAUUCUGAGCUCUGUCCUACUAUAUUAAUUAUAAAUCUACAAAACUGUAUGUGCUAAUAUAAAACACUUAAAAUAGGUGAAAUCUUUUCCUAAUAAUGCUAUUGGCAAACUUCAGGAUUGCCAAACUUCUGUGAUGUGUCCAAGAAUAGACCUUCUUCCCAAUAGACUUUAUGCAAACGAGUCCAACAGUGCCCUGCCAAAUAGACGAGUACGGUAUAGGAAAACAAAGCUUUCCAGCUGAGUGACUACUUGUCACUCUAGCCAGUGAAAGGGGAACUGAGAAGGUUACAGGAAGCUGGUUGAUUUUACAUUUGAGGGGAUUUCUCAUUAUUAAGAUAUAGAACCAUUGUUUUUCCUAUGUCUAAACCUUUCUAGGGUUAGAUUCAACUCACUUAGAAGUAACCAUUUCUCUUGCUCCCCAUCCCAGCCGCUGGCCACUUUUUCCCAUUAUUUUUCUGUCCCCUCUGCUGUGCUGAGACCAAGGCUUUAUGCAACUACAGGUGAGCAUUAUUCUGAAAUGAAACAACCUUUUCUACUACACUGAGUUUACAGCUCAGACCAACAAAACAAGAUUAAAACUGAAAGGAUAGCAAAUUGCAGCCAGGGUGUGAGUGACUAGAGUGCAGAGGAUUUAAACAGUUUUGGUGUCAAAGCAAGCAUGACAUACGACUACAUCCUCUCUUGCCUUGGCUGGUUCAAAGCUAGUGAGACGCUGUCCCAAGGCCAAAGUUCACCAUGACCUGACAUCCUGCCCUGCAUCACCUUGGAAGGUCUCUGAUAGUUUGCUUCAAAAUGCAGUUCUUGAUUUCUUUUGCAGUUGUGAGUCAUGAUUCCAUCUUCCUUUUUGAAUAGAUGGGUGUAGGGAAAGGGGUUUCACUCUUAAACAGGCUUAUUUUAGCUACUCUAAAGCUUCUCAGAUUUUAUUACAGUAUUUCUUCCUAUUUUUACAACACAAGAUAGAAUCCACAUUGCAGUUUAUUUUAAAUAGUGUAGUGCCUUCAGGGAAAAAAAUGAAGGAAGAAGGAGGAGAACUGGGAACUGUGGAAUCAUUUUAAGACUUGAAGUGAUGGAGGGAGACUCUUCCAUUUUGAGAGUCAACUUUGACUUUCCAUAUUAGCAGAUUAGGUGUUAUCCUUUGAGUAACAUCAGUAAAUAUUUAGUGCUGGAGAUUACUCAGGGAGUUUACGGUUUUGUCAGACCUUGGGAACAAAACCUGUAUUCCAUUGCUUCUCUAUAAAGCACCAUUCUGCCUUUUGCAUGAGCUUCCCAUGUCAAAAGUUGGACCUUGACAGCCUAAAGGGUUCUGAUACAGAGAAUAAAUCCCCUGUAGUCUUUAACUGUACAAAUACUGGCUGAUACCUGAAAAUAAAGUAAUUUAAACAUAUUGCAUAUUUUUAUGACUGAAGUGUUAGAUAUUUCUCAAUGGCUGAAUUUUAUGCUUCAAUAACAAUUGUACAAGAAUGGUUUCAGUCCUUUAUCGAUCUUAGCCAUUAUCUCUUUAGAGAGGUGUAUGGCAGUAACAAAGCUUUCAGUGCUAGACCUUAAACAAAAGGAAGCCAUCUUGCAGUUGAACUGCUAGCAUAAAUUUUGUUUUAAAUCAAGCUUCAUUGUGUUUGGCAACACUACAACUAAAAUCUUCUUAUUGUAUUUCUGCAUCUUUCUUGUAUUAUACAAAUGUGGUUUACAUUUAAAAAAUGUAUUAAAUCAUGGAAAUCAGAGAAGGGCAGAAAAAAGCCUAAUAAAUCCUUUUUUUCAUUUCCUCUGCCCCUUAGAGAUAAAUGCUUUGCCUAGUCUGAUUUUAAGUAGCUGAAGUGAUGAGGCCUCCACCUCUUCCCUUGAGGAAGUUUUCAGCCAUUUAGUAAACAUUUCUGUUAGGAAAUGUUUUCUUCAUACUGAGCCCAUUUUUUUCUUUUGCAUCAUGUAAUCCCUUUUUUCUGUACCCACUGUUUUAACUUGUAUGAAAUCUGUGAAAUAUAUCAUAUUUAUCUCUUUCAUUCUGUGGUUGAGUAAUUCAUAAUCUGUGUUGUUCAAGUAAUGUAAGAGAGAAGCAACCAGUUGCGGAACAGCUAAUCUUUCACUGAGAGGGCAUGCCGUCUAUCAGCAGACAUAUUUCCUGGUAAGUCCUAGCUGACACUUCUCUCCACAUCAGGGAGUGAAAAAUGUCAAAUGAAACUGAAGAAAUAUGUCCUCCCAAGGGCGUUUGUGGCAAUAUUCCUGAAAUUUCAAGAGGUGUGGAGGCAAACAGCCUAGUUUUUCACAUAGAGCUUUUCCUUCUAGAAGUGGAUGAUUUUAGUAGAAGUAUGCUUUUAAAAAGCAUUUGAAAGUCCUUUCCAUAAGGAAACUUCUAUGUGAGAACAACACUAUGUCAAAACUCUUGCCUUACUGAGAGACAAGACUGGAGUGAUUGCCACUCACUGCAGAGCAGUUUUUGCUGACAGUUUAGCCCAGAUGAAAAAUUGAAUUCAGUUUUAAGGAGAAAAGUUUGAAAAGAUGGCUUUGUGACUAUGUCUCUGGGAUCAGAUCGAUGCAUGAAAAGGUGACUCAUAUCUUGACAACAGAAACAAUGCUUUGUGAAUUUAAUUACAUCUUAGAUAAUCCUCUGCAUAUCUGAAAUGACAAGAAGGAGCAGUGUGACUGAGGAAAUCUUGGAUACAUGUAGUUCGUAUGGUUUUGUAUUCAAAAGAUAGUUAUUUUUAAAAGCUGUACUGUAUAUUAUAAAGGAACACUGAUACUAGGUCAGGUGAAAGGUUUACUGAUUCAGGAACUGUCCCUCUCUCAACUAUCUUUGGCGGGGGAUGCGUACAAAAGGAAAUAUGAACAGCCCACACAGAUAGCGAUACUUCUUCCAGUAUACUACCUCGUUUAUGGCAAUCUACAGUCUAGAGACCUCUUGAGAUGGAGGUUAUGUUUUUGUCUUUGGGUUUACUUCUUGCCAAUGAACAUCUAAAAUUUAGGUUUUGCCCAUUUGUAGUAUUGGCAUUCACAAAAUCCUGCAGUAGUGCAUUCCGUAAUUUAAUUACACGCUUUGUGGAAAAGGUCUACUUUGUCUUAAAAAAUCCUAAGAUACUAGUUAUAUAUCCCCCACUUUUUCUAAUAUGAAAAACAGUUCCAAGGUGUGAUUACACAUCGUUUGUCUCCUCCAUGCCAUUCACAUUUCUAUAUAUCUCUAGAAAUAUAUAUGUUGUGAUUUUAUCCCUCAUACUUCUCAGUCGCCUCUUUUCCAAAUGGAAGAUUCUAGUCAAUUUAAACCCUCUUUAGGCAGGAGUCUUUCAGUGCUCGACAUCACCAAUUUUUUGAAUUGCACAGCACUUUUUUGAAUCUCUUCUACUGUUACGGGUUUUUUUGUUGUGUUUUGAGGUGAGGAGGAGGCCUCAGAAAUAGGUUCUAAAAGCAAUUAAUGUCACAUGUUAGUCAGUCACACGACCAAGAAAGAUGUCUGCACUUCCACAGCCACUGAAACCACGUUGUCAGUGAUAUCGUUGCUGACAGUGCACCUGAGAUGUUACUCCUCACUGUUGGUACAUUAUCUGGACAGCAAAAACAUGCGACCUGCUAAAUUUACUAGUAGGUAUUUAGCCCAUGCAGUCUAACUCUAUCUGUUUAAAUAGUCCAGCCUAACUGGGUGUAGGAGAUGGUAGAUUCCAGGAGAACGUUUAAUUUAAUCUUAACAUAGCCUGUACAGAGUUUAGCUCUGUUAAACCUGUGGCCUGACGUUGCCGGACUGAGCGGCUGCUAAUGAGGCAGUGCGGCAGGGCACCUUCUCGCUCAGCCCUGGGGGGGCGCCCCCCUCCCCCGCCUGCUGCAGCCUCCAGCAGAACGGGGGGUUCCGCCCUCUUCAUCCCAGCAGAAGAAAAACGCUCUUUAGAGCGUGCGCUCCUUGCAGUUGUUCUUCCAUGUUGCCAGUUAGGAGUCUGAAAUGUAAGGUUUCUCUGCCUUCAGCUCCCAGGGACGUGAGCAGGGGGCUUAGCAACUCAGAUACUGUGACCCUGGGGAAGGCCUAUUCAUCAGGCUCCUUGCUGCCUCUGGAGAAUUUCCUUACCUUGAUAUUGCUUACACUGAUGUUGCUCCUGAAGAGAGGCUUAGCUUAGAAAAUUCGAGUGACUGUAAAAAAGCGUUAUUAUUCCACAAAAACUGGAUGGGGCUAAUUUUCUUUGAGCAAAGAUUUUUGAGGCCGAAAUAUAAGAAGUUGAUGGAGUUUGCAGGGUGAGUAGCAAAUUUCUGAUGAUUUUUUUGUUUAUUUGUUUUAGUAAGAAAACACCAAUAGCUGAAGAAAAACAGGUCAAGGAAGCUGUAUAAAUCAUGCAGGUAGUCAGUGAAACUUUUAGUCACAUAAUAGAAAAGGUAAGCAGCUAGAUGUUACUUGGCAAGACAAGAGGUUGUAGAACUAAUGUGCAAAGCCAGGCAGAAGGUGAAAAAUGUGUGUGAAGUGCCAGUGAAAUAUUGACGUACUGCAGUGUGCAACUCUUGAACGAACAAGCACACUGAAAGAAAAAGGUUUAAACAUAUAUUGCUUUAAUUUAUAUUUUGACUCCUAGAAUCCACUGUUAAAUUCCAUAUCAGCUUGAGGUUUGCCAAAUGUAGUGCAUAACAGGAGUUUUAUGGCAGGAGAUUGAUUGCUGUGAGUUUACUUUCUACAGUUUUUUAGUUUUACCAAAAAAAAAAAAAAAAAGGCACAGUAUGGGGAUUUCUUUUUGUUAACUUUUGUUUCAGGAGUGGAACAAUGAAAUACAACAUCUUUCAGGCACAGAAACUAUAACAUGGUAGAAAAAGGCUGAAGUAUAACU